AUGGUUAUUGGGUCUAUCAUCUCGGAUAAUCAGUCGGCUUUUCUUAAAGGGAGAUACAUUCUCGACAGUCCGUUAAUUCUUAAUGAGGUUAUGGCGUGGAUUCAAAAAUAUAAUAAAAAGGCCUUUUUGCUUAAAAUUGAUUUCGAAAAGGCGUACGACAAUGUUUGCUGGGGUUUUCUGUUGGACAUCAUGGGGCAAAUGGGUUUUCCUGAUUUAUGGUGCAAGUGGAUUAAAGGGAUACUUGCGUCUGCGAGAUCCUCGGUUCUUGUAAACGGGUCCCCCACUUUUGAAUUCAAUUGCUCCAAAGGGGUCAGACAGGGCGACCCGCUUUCCCCGUUUCUGUUCCUACUAGUCAUGGAAGCACUGUCUAACAUUUUGUAUAAAGCCAGGAUGGAAGGUCUUUUCAAAGGUAUUCAAACUCCCAACAACGGUCCGGUAAUCUCUCACCUCUUUUACGCUGAUGAUGCACUCGUGCUGGGGGAGUGGGAUAGGGUUAAUGUUAAGAAUGUGGCUAGAUGUUUGAGAAUUUUUUAUUUAUGCUCGGGCUUAAAAAUUAAUUUGCAAAAAUCAAUUUUAUACGGGUUGGGUGUGGAUAAUGGGUCUGUGUCUGAUAUGGCUAAAGUGAUUGGGUGCAAACCGGAUACUGGUCCUUUUACUUACUUGGGAAUUAAGGUGGGGGCGAAUAUGAACAGAAUUAACAACUGGACUCACAUUUUUGAGAUUUUCGAUAACAGAUUGUCGACGUGGAAAGCUAAAACUUUAUCUAUGGGGGGGGGGAGGCUAACUUUGAUAAAUUCUGUUUUGGGUAUUAGCAGGUUAAAAGAGGUCAAUGAAGCCCUUCUUGUUAGAUGGGGGUGGAGAUAUAGAGCUGAAAGUCAAAAUCUAUGGUGUAAAUUGGUUGAAGCGUGUCAUUGUAAGAAGAACCAAAUGAGCUUUCUUCCUUUCAACAAUAAUAUUUCGGGGUGCUGGAAAAAUAUUGUGAAUCUGAUUUCCAAAGUGAAAAUUAAUGGGAGAGGUUUAAAUUAUAUAAUAAAAGGUAAAGUCGGGAAUGGGGUUGAUAUUCGGUUUUGGAUAGAUAUUUGGGUGGGUGAUCUUCUCUUUUGGGAAAGGUGGCCCAAAUUAUUUGGUUUGGAGUUGUUUAAAUUGUGCAGGGUGGCUGAGAGACUGGAUAUCACUAGAGGAAAUGGAGUGUUCAAAUGGCAGUGGUCUAGACAGCCUGUUUCGGAUCAGGAGCUUAAGGAAUGGAAGGAAUGUUGCGAGGUGCUUAGUAUGGUGAGGCUUUCUGUCGGCAAGGAUGCCUGGAUUUGGAGUGGGGAUAGUCAGAAGGGUUUCUCAGUGAAGGAUGUCAAAUCGGCGUUGUUGAAGGAUAGAGGUAACUGUCAUCCUCCAGAUUUUUCUUGGUGUAAAUGGGUUCUUAUUAAAUGCAAUAUUAUGAAUUGGAGAGGCAAUCUGGAUAGACUUCCUUCUAGAGUAAAUUUAAGAAAAAGGAAUGUGGUAUUAUCUUCUUCUAUGUGUCCCUUAUGCGAUGAGACCGAGGAAUCGGUUGAGCAUUUGUUCACCGCGUGCUCAGUAGCCUUAAGGGUGUGGUCGGCGUUCAGUAAGUGGUGCAACAUCCCGCCUCUAUACCUUUUUGAAUUUAAAGACAUUUUAGAGAUACAUAAAUUCAUCAAGUGUAGUAAGAAGGAGGAGAAAAUCGUUUAUGGGUUGGCUCUAAUAACGUCUUGGUGCAUUUGGAAAGAGAGAAAUGAAGUGGUUUUCAACCAGAAAAAUUGUGACCCGAAAGAUAUCAUAUGGGAGUUAAAAGCGAGAAGUUUUGCAUGGGUUAGAAAUAGAUUCUCUUGUAAAUCUAUUAGAUGGUCAGACUGGUAUAAAUACCCUUUGUAUAUGUUGUAG